UUUCCGGUUACCUAGUUUCGUUUUCGCCAGUCAAGUAAUCACAUGAUUAUACUGUCAGCUACUUUGACAUGUGACUGAGUCAUUCGACAUUCCACAAGCAGUGCAUCGAACUUAAGAAAAUGGUCUUACAUUCGGACAGUUGCAAGGAUGUCGCCACUGUGUCCAACUUUCGCGAGUGCGUGGUCACACAUUACCACCUGGACAUCUCUGUGGACAUGGAGGGACAGAGAGUUACUGGCACAGCGCGGCUCUCUUUUGCUGUCAAGCAAACCACACGGAAAGUAAAUUUGGACAUACACGAGUCUCUAACAGUGGAGAAGGUGGAGUUCUCUCCCUUGGGUGCUAACAGCAGGACCAAUCUGGAGUUUGUCUCGAAACCUUUCACAGGCUAUGGAGCAGAGCUGGACAUUACUUUACAAAAGGAGUUGUCUGCCCCCGAGACCUUUGACCUGUACAUCACCUAUACAGCUUCUGGUGGACCAGGGGUGUGCUGGCUCUCACCUGAACAGACAGCAGGAAAGAAGAAGCCAUAUAUGUACACUCAGGGACAGGCUGUGAUGAACAGGUGUUUCUUCCCCUGCCAAGACACACCUGCCGUAAAGAGUCCUUAUUCUGCCAAUGUUAAGGUGCCUGAGGGUUUCACGCCAGUAAUGAGUGCGAGUCAGAGGUCGGGGAAAGGGACGGUAGCCAACAUGUCUGGUGACAAGGAUAACUACUUCUUCAGUCUGCCCCAUGCCAUACCCGCAUAUCUUGUGGCCCUGGCUGUCGGAGAUCUCUCGUCUGCUCAAAUCGGACCCCGCAGUCACGUGUGGACGGAACCUUGCCUCCUGGAGAAGGCGCGGGCCGAGUUUGAUGGUGUCGUGGAAGACUUCCUGCAGACAGGGGAACGGCUGUUUGGAGCUUACGUUUGGGAUACUUACGAUCUGCUGGUGAUGCCACCCUCGUUCCCAUUUGGAGGCAUGGAAAACCCAUGUCUGACCUUUGUGACCCCUUGUCUCCUUGUCGGGGACAAGUCUCUCACAGAUGUUGUCAUCCAUGAGAUUUCCCACAGCUGGUUUGGUAAUCUUGUAACCAACGCCAACUGGAGUGAAUUCUGGUUGAAUGAAGGAUUUACCAUGUAUGCUCAGAGGCGGAUAAUGUCAGAGAUCUACGGUGCCGCCUACACAAGUCUCGAGACGUCCACUGGUCAGGCUUUGCUACGGCAACACAUCGAAAACACUGGUCAGGACCACCCGUUGAAUCGUUUGAGAGUGAUCAUAGAACCAGGUGUAGACCCAGAUGACACGUACAACGAGACUCCAUAUGAGAAAGGAUUCGCCUUCGUCUCAUACCUCCAGCAGCUAGCAGGAGAUGUCAAGACUUUUGACGAUUUUCUCAAGUCAUAUGUCGCCAAAUUCCAGUUUAAGAGUUUGGUUGCGGAGGACAUGUUUGACUACUACCUGGAAUAUUUCCCCGAGAUGAAGAAACAAGAGGUUGAUAAACGGCCUGGAUUUGAAUUUAUCGACACUUGGCUGACCAAACCAGGAUGGCCCCCUUACACACCUGACCUGUCCGCAGGCAGUGACCUGACCACUCCAGCCAAUAGUUUGGCUGACCAAUGGGCAGAGAAAGGAGAAGGCGGCAGUGAGGAUGUUACAGCAUGGAGGACCUACCAGGUGCUCCACUUUCUGGACAAACUGUUGGAGAAGGAUUCACUGUCAGAUACAACUCUCUCCAAGAUGGCGGCACAGUAUCCUUCCAUAUCCGGCACAGAUAAUGCUGAGAUACGCAUGCGUUGGAGUCUUGUGACAAUCAAACAUGGAUAUACAGAUGACUUUGAGAAUACCCGUCACUUCCUUCACAGCCAAGGCAAGCAGAAGUACACACUCCCUGUAUAUCGGGCUCUGAUGAAGAGUUGUGAUGCUGCCAAGAAACUUGCGACAGAUGUGUACGCCGAGACCAAGGACCAGCUACACGUUAAUGUCCAGAGCUAUGUCGAGAAGAUCAUGUCUACCACCAGUGCUUAGUUAGACAAAAGACUUGUCAGUGUUUUGUAAUGACCAUUUUAUAAACUAUAUAAUUAAUACAACAGCAACAAGAUUGGGGUAGGGUUUGCUAAUUGCUGGUCUUCCAGUUUUGCAAGGCAGCAAUAAUAGAAGAACGUUAUCCCGAUCUUGUUACAGUUGUAUUAAUUAUAUCACGUUACCUUAGUCCUCAAUAUGUGAAUGAUCAUGAUUAGUCCUCAAAGUGUGAACGAUUAGAAGAACAAACUUGUGCCAUUUGAAGUCAGAUUGAUGUUAACUUUGCUUUGAAAAAAUUGUUCAUUAGUGUUAAUAUUUUACUUUUUUCUAUAAUUUUUUACCUAUAUUUUUUUUGUCAAUGAAAUGUGUAGUUAUAAUUGUCCGAUACAGGACUGGACAAUAACAUGGUAGCAAAUUGUUUUGGUUUUUAGUAUUUUUCCUCAUACCUGCUUUUGAAUUAUUUUAUUUUUUUAUUUCCAUUGCUUCUUUUCUUGAUUGUUUUACUAGAAAAGACUAAUUACGAACUGUUUGACUUGUGUCUGAUUUCAUGCAAAAUUAUUGAAUUUAAAAAAAAAUCAAAUAAUAUAGUAGCUAGGCUGUGAACCAUGACAAGAUUAAAUGUAUCUCCAUGGAAACGUCAUAAUAGAGUGGCGUGUGACAACUAAUUUCAUCCAGGUGAUGUUGAUAGAUAAACCAACAAAAUCAAUGUAUGUGAAUGUAGAAAACCUGGAACUUACUAUCAUAUGUAUUCAAUGGAACCUGUUUUCUCUGACCCUUGAGUAUUCCGAUAUCCUGCCUAAUUUGACUCCAUGCUGAACUCAAUUUUAAUGAAAACUACAAAAUAAUUUAUAAUCAUAGAAAUGUAUAAAAUGAAACCUGUCUUAUUCAGCCCCCAUCUAAUCUGACCCCUAAGUAUUCUGGAAUCCAGUUUAAUCUUAUCCCCGAGUAUUCAGACAUACUGUCUAAUCUUAUUCCUGAGUAUUCCGAUAUCCUAUGUAACAAAAUUCUAUAAUCCUGUCUUAUCAAACAGAUUUUUUUAAUUUAAACUUGUUAUACAGACACUCUGUCUAAUAAGACCAAUACAGACAUUUGGGUCGGAUUAGACAAGUUUUGACCGGGCUAGACUGAGAUUCCAACCCUGGACCACAGAUUGAUCUACCAUCACUCUAACUGAUUGAGCUAAUUAGUCAACAGAAUUGUCCCAACUGUGCUACAGUUAUAGGAAAAACCACAGUGCAGUGGGACAGGGAUCCUUACGAGACUUGUAAUAAGAAAUAAAAAAACUUAUGAAUUUCCAAAGGUUGUCUCUGAAUAAAGUUUUCAUUAAAUAUGUCAAAAUAAACUUGAUAUGAAAUUUUAUUACAGAUUUACAGUACAAAUCUAUUUACUAGUAAGCUUUUUACUUUCUAUCAGGUUGUAUGAGGUUGUUUAUCAGUUGUCACAACUAUAAUGUGAAUCAUGCUAUUUAUCAGGUGUCGAGCAAUGUGAAUGAGGUUGUAGAUCAGUCUUCACAAUUAAAAUGUGAAUCAUGCUAUUUAUCAGGAGUUCAAAUUGUGAUGUGAAUCAGGUUGUAUAUUGGUUGUCAAUAUUAGGAUAUGAUCAGUUAUUUAUCUGUUGUCUACUGUCAAUCAGGUUGUAUAUCGGUGCUUUUGUUUUCUGUCUCAAAUGCUUUUAUAAUAAUGAAAAUCAAAUAAUUUUUGUAUGAAAAAUUCAUUCAAAUAAAAAACAUUUGAUGU